AACAAGUACAAAUAAUUGGAGUUUAGGCUGUUGAAUGAUUGGGUACAUGGGUGUAGUUCGAGUUGGAUGCCCCGCCCCCACAAUCUGACUAACACCACAGAAACAGCCUCACUCUUUGUGUGUCCUUUGUUUACUACUAGAAUGACACGGGUCUCCAACGGCUUUGUUCUAGACAGGUUGGCAGCUUUGGCCUUGGCUGGAGGUGUACUGUCCGCAGCUACAUUGAGUAGGUCUAACUGUUCAACGUUCGGCAGCUACAUUGAGUAGGUCUAACUGUUCACAGCUACAUUGAGUAGGUCUAACUGUCCACAGCUACAUUGAGUAGGUCUAACUGUUCACAGCUACAUUGAGUAGGUCUAACUGUCCACAGCUACAUUGAGUAGGUCUAACUGUCCACAGCUACAUUGAGUAGGUCUAACUGUCCACAGCUACAUUGAGUAGGUCUAACUGUCCACAGCUACAUUGAGUAGGUCUAACUGUCCACAGCUACAUUGAGUAGGUCUAACUGUUCACAGCUACAUUGAGUAGGUCUAACUGUCCACAGCUACAUUGAGUAGGUCUAACUGUCCACAGCUACAUUGAGUAGGUCUAACUGUUCACAGCUACAUUGAGUAGGUCUAACUGUCCACAGCUACAUUGAGUAGGUCUAACUGUUCACAGCUACAUUGAGUAGGUCUAACUGUCCACAGCUACAUUGAGUAGGUCUAACUGUUCACAGCUACAUUGAGUAGGUCUAACUGUUCACAGCUACAUUGAGUAGGUCUAACUGUUCACAGCUACAUUGAGUAGGUCUAACUGUUCAACGUUUGCAGCUACAUUGAGUAGGUCUAACUGUUCAAUGUCCACAGCUACAUUGAGUAGGUCUAACUGUUCAAUGUCCACAGCUACAUUGAGUAGGUCUAACUGUUCAACGUUCGGCAGCUACAUUGAGUAGGUCUAACUGUUCAACGUUCGGCAGCUACAUUGAGUAGGUCUAACUGUCCACAGCUACAUUGAGUAGGUCUAACUGUCCACAGCUACAUUGAGUAGGUCUAACUGUUCACAGCUACAUUGAGUAGGUCUAACUGUCCACAGCUACAUUGAGUAGGUCUAACUGUUCACAGCUACAUUGAGUAGGUCUAACUGUCCACAGCUACAUUGAGUAGGUCUAACUGUUCACAGCUACAUUGAGUAGGUCUAACUGUCCACAGCUACAUUGAGUAGGUCUAACUGUUCACAGCUACAUUGAGUAGGUCUAACUGUCCACAGCUACAUUGAGUAGGUCUAACUGUCCACAGCUACAUUGAGUAGGUCUAACUGUCCACAGCUACAUUGAGUAGGUCUAACUGUCCACAGCUACAUUGAGUAGGUCUAACUGUCCACAGCUACAUUGAGUAGGUCUAACUGUUCAACAUUAGACAUGGCAGUUUUCAUACAAUAAUGUGUUUUGGUGUUACUUUGAGUUAUUUGACAUGGCUGUGUAUUAGUUUUUCCAUACCUACAUAGGCCUACUGUUUCGAAGACUACCAUACUUUUACUAUAAUUAUAGCAACCGAAUUGAGAUGCGUAGCAAGCUACAAAAUAUAGCCCUUUGAUCAAAACUUGAGGCAAAAUUGAGAAAGUUUCGUGGUUGACCUUGGGAUGUUGUUAAGAUGUGUACGGAACCUUUGGAAGGUGGAAAUAGCCUUGUCAUACCUGUGUUUAUUUCCCCCUGCUCAACAGCCAGGUGUUCAGUGUCAGCAUUCAAGGUGAUGGAAGGUGCUACUGCGACAUUGUCCUGUCAAUAUUCAGUGAGCCGUUUGGGUUUGAGCCGCGUGUGCUGGGGACGAGAAUGUGGCACGUUCUGGUGCAACAACAUCCUCGCGCAGACAGACAAACAUGGCGUCAUCUCCAAGGUGUCGGACAGGUACAGACUGGCAGGUGAUGUCCUCGCGGGAGAAAUGGACCUGGGAAUUCUCGACGUCAAGCGGACAGACAGUGGGCCAUACUGUUGCAGAGUGGACAUAGAUGGCAUUUUCAACGACAAAAAAAUUAUUCAAAACUUAAGGGUCAUGAAAGCUCCAGUGACCGUUUUGCCAACAAGCACCACUGUACAUGUUACAGAAGCUCCUUCCACCACAGAACACUGGAGAGCUGUUGAAUCAUCACAUCUAGCCAUUCCAAGACAGAACACCAGUCUUUUCCCUUCGCAAACACUUAUGGAGGAGCCUCUUCCCAGCUUCUCUCUCCAGAUCAACAUCCCAGUGCUCUCUCUCUCCCUCAGUCUGCUCCUACUUAUAAUGGGGGCCUUGGUCAUAUUGGGGUUUAAACGAGGGAUUCACAGAAGAGCUUUAAAGACAGGCUGUUUGUCAGCCAAAGAGCCGCCUCACAUCGUCUAUGAGAUCCGCAUGAGGAGACCUGUGGAGGAGAACAUCUAUACUCUGGACUAGGGUGGAAGAGCCAGAGCACUGAUCUGUCCAAUAGACGGGUGUUAACAUGAUAGUGAGGACAGCCAGACUGAUGUCUGUUUUGUCACAGUGGGUGUGUCCCAUAAGGCACCCUGUUCCCUAUAUAUUGCAUGACCAGGUAGCUGGGAAUAGGGAACAGGGUGCCUUAUGGGACGCACCCACACUGUGACAAACAGACAUCAGUCUGGCUGUCCUCACUAUCUUUUUAACAGCCAUCUAUCUAUUGGACGGAUCACUGUUGCCUGACAGCUGCUGUCAGAAUGAUCACCUCUCUCAGAGGCUCUACUUUCACUUAUGGUAUCUAUGGGAGUUCCCCCUGCCCCUAUGUAAAAUGAAUUCACUUUUUUAUAUAUUGUUAUUAUGUAGUGGUGUGAUGUUUUUUAGAUGCACAGUAUUGGUUGUUAUCACAAGCGGUCUAACUUUUAUGCCUCUUUCUAAUAAAACAAAAUGACCUAAAA